AUAUAAAAGGACUUCCAGUUGAGAAGCAUGGAAGCUGUACUGAUGUCUGGAAGUGAUUGUUUUCAACAUUGUGAUUCAAAAGGCCAGAUUCUGAGAAUAGUUUGCAAAAGCAAACAAAUUUUAAAUGGUUUAAGCAAAACUGAUUGUAAGGAGACUUUUCUUUAUAAUGCAUUUCUAGGACGAAGCUUAUAGAGUACAGUAUCUAUACUCUCUUUACAUAAGCACCACUAACUGUCUCUGUAAUUGACUUUAAGGGUAUGAAAGGACACUUGAUAAACCCCCAUCAGAGGGAUGAUGUACUGCAGGCUCUGAGAAAGUAACACCAAGGACAGCGAACACAAUGGCCUUUAGAAAGAUUGCAGUUGCUGAAGAAAGCGUGAGGGAGGCUGAGCUCUGCGCUCAUGCUGAAAAGGACGGCACCGUAAAGAAUGUUGUCUGGCGGGGAUGGCAAACAAUAAAGCCAAGGUUUGUCAUGGCAGCAUCCGUGAUCCGCAGGUGUGAGUCACAGUGAAAGAGGUGAAGAUGGAAAGUCCACAAGUGGUUGACAGCAACUCCUUGCUCAAGGCUGUCUACUUGGGUCGUCUCCGUCUCACACGACUACUCCUGGAAGGCGGCGCUUACAUAAACGAGAGCAACGAGUGUGGCGAAACACCCCUGAUGAUCGCCUGCAGGAGCAGGCAUACGGACCACCUAAGUGUUUCGAAGGUUAAAAUGGUGGGGUACCUGCUUGAAAGUGGAGCUGACCCGAACAUCCAGGAUAAGAGUGGGAAGACUGCUUUAAUGCACACCUGCUUGGAGCAAGCUGGUCCUGAGGUGGUGGCUUUGCUCUUGGGUAGCGGAGCGGACCCAUGUCUCGAGGACCACACUGGUUCUUCGGCUCUGAUAUACGCCAUCAAUGCCAGCGAUGAAGAAACUCUUAAAAUGUUGAUAGAUGCAUGCAAAGCCAGAGGAAAAGAAGUUAUCAUCAUCACCCCUGAUAAACUUGCAUGUGGAAGGCAAAUGGCAAAACAGUAUCUAUCCAUUCCUCCACUUGCAAUGAUGGAACAAUGGGACAAUCAAAACUCCACCAUCAUUCCCUGUGCUUCUCCAUCCGAUAUUCUCCUCAGUACAUCUCCACAUGGGACUCUUUCGUCUAGUCCUACAGAGCAUAUGUUUUCCUUCCAGGACUUACAAAGCAUGACGAAUUCUCAGCCAACCUCCCCAUCCCACCAGGCUCCCCUGCACAGUCGAGUGAGCAAACUCCACAAUCUCCAAAGGUUACACUCCGAGCCUUGGCUAAAAAUCCCGCAGUCUCUCCUGGCCCAACAGCACGCCAAAACCACCUCGGCUACGGAGGAACUCCCGGACAUCACACUCGAAGAGGAGUUGACUUUCAAAAUGAAGAGAUUGGCUUUCGGUAAUACACCGCUAUCCCGUCAUUCCAGUGUUGAUUUGAAGGAAGCCAGUCAAACUCUAAGUCGGGGAAGCAAUUGUGAAGGUCUAAGACCGGAAGGAGCACUGUGCCGAAACAUGUCCUUUGAUAGCUUAUCGUCCUUGCACUCUUUAUCCCAUCCCAAUCUUCAUAGCAAAAGCAGCGUGGAAGCUUUACAUGCUGAAAAGGAUCCGGGCAAAUCCCUGCCAAAUUUGGCUGUAUCCAGUCUCCGCAACAUCAUCCAGAGAAGGCAACUAGGAAUGGACCACUACAGCUCGGAUUCUCAACUCUCGGUGAGGCUUGCCAACUCACCGGAAGACCGUAAAGGACAUCUGGAGAAGAGAAAGCUUGCUAACUCACGUUCUCCUACCUUGGUAGGCUCAAGGGAAUCUCUUGAGAGCCCUUCGUUGACGCACAUGCACAGGAGGAAUCCGAUUAGCUACGAGCGUCGGGGCUCUGGGGCGCUUUUGGAUCCCAUUUCCCAUCCUCGAGCUGGUUUCCUCCCUCCUCUAAACCAGCACGCUCUGAUCCCAAACAUCACUGGAAGUGUAAAUUCAAGCAGCAUUGGCUCCAGCAACAAAGCAGUUUGUGGCGUAGCAGCAGGGACGAAGCCUUGCAUACCCUCGGCUCCUGCAGGUUUUCCUAAGGAUCUCAAGACUAGGAGGAUGCUGCUAAGAAGACACUCAAUGCAAACUGAACAGCUUAAGCGGGUUGGUGACUUCACAGAGAUUUUUGGACACUGAAUGGUUACUGAACAGUUUGCGAGAAAGGCACCAAUUUGCACUGACAAUAAUUCAUUGCUGGUUGGUGAAACUGAACAAAUAUCAUCAAUAAUCUUGCAUCUAAGCUAAAAUGAACAACUUCAACCGUGCAUCCUUAAGGUAUACUCCACUUUUUUUGGAAAUAGACUCAUUUUACAACUCCCCCAGAGUUAAACUGUUGAGUUUUACCGUUUUUGAAUCCAUUCAGCCGAUAUCCCGUUCUGGCAGUACACUUUUA